AUGGUGGAUCACGCAUUGCUUCUUGAUAAGCUUUCUUGUCUUGGAGUGCGAGGGCUGGCACUGCAAUGGUUUAAGUCAUUCAUUACAGGACGGAAGCAGUUUGUGAUGAUUCAGGCAGUGGAUGACUUAGGAUAUCUGUAUACCUACCGCUCACCCCAUUGCGAGUCUGCUUGUGGCGUGCCUCAGGGGUCAGUCCUCCGUCCGGUGUUGUUCCUUAUCUUUGUGAAUGAUCUUCCAUCAGUUGGGAAGUACUCGAUAAUUCACCCCAAGUUCUGUGACCGUUUCUUCGCCUGUCAGAAUGGUGUUCCUUAUUUAAUGCAGUGUGAGGAUGGAUUUGGCUAUUUACCUUUCCGGGGCUGCAAGCUUUUACAUCUUGUCGACUGUACUGGUCGACCUCAACUGCAGAGGCCGAGAGGUAAUGCCCAAUGCCCUCGGCUCUAUGGGAUCUUCAACGACCCCCGUGGAUGCGGCAGAUUUUUCAAAUGCGUCAACGGAACCGCAGUAGAGGACAGAUGUGCGUCUUCACUCAUGUUCGAUGAUGUCAACAAAUUCUGCCGAGAUGCGACGAGGGAAGAAGCAGAGGCUUGUAGGGAACCUGCGUUGAUAGGCUGCACUUCAGAUAACACCAAUUGCUCUUGGUUCAACUGCCCAAUUGCAGAUGUUUUACCAUUCGGAGACCAUUCCCGGCACCCGUACCCCGGCAACUGCCACAGGUUCAUCAUGUGUCUGAAAGAUGGAAGUGUAAAAGUCGGAGGCUGUGAGGCCGGGAAAGCUUACAACCCGGUUUCAAGCACUUGUGAGCCGGAGAAUACUGUGCAAUGUUGAUCAUAUGUCCAUAAAAAUUAUAAAUACACCUGUAUAAGUUUACUUACGCUCAAGAAUAACAAAAUAUUUAUUUUGACUCUUAUAAACAAACAGUGCAAUACUUUCCUGAAUUGACGAUGAAGUAAUUUACCCGAGUACGAAUCAUAGGAUGGUGAGAUAGCUUAACGUAGGUUUGUUAUUUAAACUGGUUUUUAGUACGGUGCAAUUAGCCAAAAAGAUGGACUAACCUCAACAUCAAAAGUGAA